AUGGCCCAGGAAGAGGAACAUGAAGAGCAUGAGCUGGCCAUCGUGGGACAUGAUGCUGAGGGUGAGCGCGUGGUAGAAAGCGGCCCCUCGGUCAUCUCGGUCACCGAACCUGUCCGUACAGACAUGGUCAGUGAAGAUCAUGGCGAGAUGCUCAACAUUAAUGGCGAACCGGAAAAAGCUUCAAAACUUAAGAAGAAGCGCAAAUCGAAGAUCGAUCCUGACGGGGAGGUAUUGCGUUUGCAGGAUUUACCUCACAAACCUCCUUUGCCUGAACCCAUGCCGCCGCCCUCCGCCUUCACCUCCCGCACAUUCACUCGCGCAGCUAGCGAUAGACAUCCGUUUCCCAUCCCCGACUCACCCUGGAUACCUGAUUACCACCCACCUCGAAGCUCGUCACUCACUCAUCCUACACCAACUUCAACAUUUCCCAGACGAUCUUUCGAAAAAGCCCACCCGCCCCUACUAUAUGACAGACCACUUCCUCCACUUCCGCCCAAUAAAUUAUCGCUCGAUGCGGUUAAGGGUGACGAAAAUGCGACGCCCCCGCCCUUACCACGAGGAAUCGUUGUCACUCCGAGCAGUCCGCACAAACCGACGGAUUUCGAGGUUGUGAAGACUCAGAUCUCUGGGCCAUACAGACGCCGGAGCGGCUCUCUAGCUCGAUCCAAUACCCCCCUAGCGUCUCGCUCCAGUCCAGACAAAGUGCAAAAGAGCUCACCGAUCGGUCUCGGUCUGCCUACUGCGGUACACCGACGAUCUUCUCCAGAAAAGGACGUCAAUAGGGUAGCGGUCUCAUCGCCCUUACCCAAUCGAAAUCUCAGUCCUGGAUCACGUAUUUCAUUUGUCGAUGAGGGAGGAAGACCGAGUAGUAGUCGGGAUUCGAGCAGGGAGCGAAGGGAUACGAAGGCACAGCACGUCAAGCGUGUCCGCAGUAUGUCAGGCAUCUUGAGAAUGGACGACGCACCAAAUUCGAGUAGGAUUAGUCUGGCCGGGCACAGUCACGAUGGGAUACCUGCAGACACAGGGGAGAGAAAAUCAUCGCGAGUACUUGAAUGGCUUGGGGUGCGUAAAACUCCUCGUAGACCCAAAUCAGUGGGGAAAUUGAAGGCGGACGAUACAGGAGAGGAGUUGCAGGAUAGAGGACGAGCCGGCGCUCCUCAAAGUAUCGGCUUUCAUAUGGAUUCGCAUCGCCUUCCAAGCCCCGUACCCAGCAUCGCCAACUCCUCGCGCACUUCUUCUCCCGUGAUGAUGAUAAGACCAGGACUUCCAGCAGCGCCCUCUACCACCACAGUCGUACCUUCUCCCGGCGGCAAGUUAUCUGCCCUCUUCCACCGACGUGCGUCGGCCAAACAGGAGAGUUCUCCUGCCGGAACAUCUACGUCUGAACUGCCGAACAUCAUCACCACCCCUCCCCUCCCUCAUCGAAAUGGCACUGCCAUGUCAUCACAGUCCUCUCUGGUCCUCCCUCCGAUUCAAUCUGUCUCCUCGCCCAUUAACAUAUCUCACGUAAUAUCCGGAGUCGAAACUCCUCAUGUCGGUUCGGAGACAGAAGAGCUUCUAUACGCUGAAAGUUUGAGUCGUUGGGGUCCUGGGAUCCGCCCGUGGAUGGAUGGCCUGGAAGGAGGCCAGCAGUCUUCCAGCUCCUCACUUCAUACGCCAUUGGAACCCCUUCCAGAAAGCAAUCCCCUGGGCUUGGCAUCUUCGACGGCGCCAAGACCAUCUAAAGAGACUCGACCUCGGGCAUGGUCCGAUGCCCCAGCACCCUCUCCAGACGAGAUAAUCUUCCCAGCCUUACAGCCGGAUCUGAACCAUGGUUCAUCGAACCCCACUCCGGUACGUCCCAGACUCGGUGCCAGGACCAAUUCCAACAACUCGGCUAUAAUAGAUCGUAUGCGCAACGUCUUUACUCGUAGCAGCUCUCGUCAACGGAGUCAAACCGUCUCCCGCAUUUCGGGUCGUGAUCUGGACGAGUUUGGAGUGGUGAGACCUGGACGAUUGGAAGAUCGAACACGAGUGCCGUCAUCUUCCUCGUCUUCCAUGAUUUCUCCCGCCUCUAUCCCUGGCUUUCAUCUUGACAGUCCACCUCUGCCGGUUUCGAAUAGCGAUCGGCUCAUCUUACUAGACGAGCCUUUAUCACGCUCGCCAAGAAAUUCUUUCUCCGCAUCCUCUCCUCUCGCCACCUCUGUGCAACCACCUUCCACGGCCGUAUCCAAGCGGUUUGCCAGAGCUCGUGCUUCAACAGUCUCAUCUGUCGGUCCGUCGUCAGCUUCCCUCCUGCCUCCUUCCCCAAACAUCUACCCUAUAGCGGCAACCCCACCUCGACGAAGACCGAGCGUCAUCCAUCGUAUCUCGACCGGCCUUCUGGGAAGCUCACCAAAAGCGACAGGUCUCUUCCCUCUUCCCCCGAGAUCAAGUGGUAGUGCUUCCUCCACUUUCACGAACGGUUUACCCAACAAUGGUUCGUCGGUUGCCCUCAGCUUGACGACCUCCCCCAGACCGAGUACGAGUAGUGUCCCAGGCGCCACUGCAAAACAUUCCGUCAACGUUCCAGCAAUAGAGGCUGAUGAAUCGGCACAGGACUGGCUAGCUCGAGUAAUGACCACUAUUGGUAGAGUGGAUAUUGCUGGCGUUCUUGCAGCUCGUGCCGAUCCCUUCCACGCUGAAGCCCUUCGACUGUAUAUGGGUCGGUUCGACUUUGUCCAUCAGCCGCUGGACGUUGCUCUGCGUAUGUUACUUUUGCAGAUGUCUCUACCCAAAGAGACGCAGCAAAUCGAUCGCGUGAUCGAAGCUUUCGCGACCCGAUAUGAGGAAUGCGAACCCUUGUUGUUCGGUAAGACGGACAAUACCUACGUUCUUGCCUUUUCCAUGCUCAUGCUCCAUACCGAUCACUUUAACGCUCACAACAAAUCAAAGAUGACCAAAGCCGACUAUGUGCGGAAUACGAGGUUAGAGGGAGUUCUUCCGAUCGUUCUCGAAGUGUUCUACGAUAAUAUAACGGCGGAGGAAUUCAUCUUUAUGGACGAUGAUGAAGUGAGUCGACCGACCCUCAAUCCAGGUCCGGGUGGGCGAUCGCGGAGCCACACAUUAUCUGGUCUAUCCGUCAACAGUUCUUCCACCGCAAUGGCUCAGUCAAAACCUUCCUCAAUUGACGUGUACGGUAUGAUCAACAAUGCCCAGUUGCGCAAUCUCGAGCACGAAGUACGACAUCACUUUCCAAUUGAAGAUCACUUAUCUGCAAUGGGAACUCUUCCUGCUUUACAUGUGGAGCGUCUACAUCGAGCCUUCAUCCGUGCCAAGAUUGUCCCCUUACCGAGUCCAUCUAAGCGGAAGCUGUCGUCGAAACUCAACAAUAGUUCACGUCCAACAUCACCUCUUACGCUUGCUGGACAAGGAACGACUUUACAAGUCGCCAAAAUCGCUCGGGUUUUAGUGAGGAAACAUGACAGUAUCGAUAUAGCUGGGAAGAAAGCACGCAAGUGGCGACCGACGAUAGUGGUACUUACACCUUCUCAAAUGCUUCUGUACAAAGAUUCAACUCCCAAAGUUGCCCCCGUGGAAGUAGUCGGAGGAGAGAGCGUGGAAGUGGCUUUUCCUUCCGGACAACCGGAAGAAAUGCUCUCCCUCAAAGAUGCCUUAGCGGUGUACGAUAAACGGUCUAAGCAUCAUACCGGUCCAUACACCUUCAGGUUCGUCAUGCCAUUAGGAAGACAAUACGUCAUACAACUUCUGCAAGAAGGGGAGAUGAAUGAGUGGAUAGGUUUGAUCAAUUACGCAAGUGCGUUCAGGACGGCUGGCAUUCGUAUGCGAGCUGCGAUGACGGAGAAGGAACCAUUCUCAUCUGCGACCAUGCCAAUAUCGAGGGUAUCAGCUGAGAUGGGGAGGGAUAAUGAGAGAAAGGUAUUUGGGGAACCCAUGCAGAGAGGUGUAUCAGACAGCGGUCAGAGAUUACGGAGUCAGAUGAAAGGUGAUGAUAUGGAGAAGAUCGACGAUCGUAAUUUUUCUUCAAAUCCAAACGAGUCACAUAAUCCUUAUCUGACCACCAACACCCACGCUCUUUCACUUCAAGCCGCCCAAUCAGCACGCUGGCAGGCUAUUGAUGAAAAGAUCCGCGCUUUGAGCGAAAAAGCCGAUCAAGUUGACUCGUCCAUCCAAACCUCUUUUCAACUCGCUCGAAACAUCGCAAUCCUCACUCCGUUCCUCAAAUCGUCUAGGGAUAGAUUAGUCGCUGCUCUUCCUGGUUUAGCGCAUCCGUUGAGGCAGGACAGACUGGAGAGUGCCAAGCUACGAAUAUGGAUAAUCAUUCUGCGUAAUCACAUGGCGAGGGAGAAACGUGAAAGUGCGAGAUUGCGAAGUUCGGUCAUGGAUAAUAUGGGUAUCGGAUUACGUGAUGCGAAAUCUCCUAGAGAAGUGGGAAUGCGUUCAAGUAGAGGAGAUAGCUCUCCAAUGCCAUCUCCAUCGAAUUCGCCUUUAUCUCAAUCUGGGGUAUCGGAUCUUCAAGUGGAAUAUGGAGAACAAGAUGUAUCCGGGAUGACGACAAGUAAACCUACUACUUCUCGUGUCAAAUCGGACGAAAAAGACCAAGACAAUCACGUCCGGCCUGAUGAAAUUGCUGAGGGAAACGCAAUGGAUGAUGAUGAUAAUGAGGAAGAUGACACUGCAGACGUUUUACCCGAUGCUCGACGGAAUAGUGAGGUUGAAUCUAUAGUGGACCCUCUGCAUCGGAGCCAAAGUCAAACGUCGAUUCACUCGGUCGAAUCAUUCCAUUCGAUCGGUUUGGGUGAGAAGGAUGAGUUGGGAGAUAGGCCAGGAGCGAGAAGAUCAAAAUCGGAGGAUGUUUUACGUCGAGGAAUCGAACAGAUGGAGAUUGAGAUGGAAAAUGGGAAGCGAGCCGAAGAUCACAGGGUGGAUACUUGGUUGGCGACUAUCAUCGCUCGACCGAGUCACGAAGCAUCUGUGAGAGAAGCUCUGAUCAAGGUGAAUAAGAAGGUGAAAGAGACCGAGAAAGGUACAAUACAAUAUCAGCUCACAGAGGAUACGGACAAAGCGGGAGUGUUUUAUAUGUGGGAAGAGUAUGUCGACCAAAGCGCCUACGAAGAUCAUGUGAAUAGUGAAGCAGUCAAAAUUCAACUCGCUUCACGAUGGAUCCGGUCAUUGAGGUCCAAUUGUGCGCACGGAAGAGCGCUGCCAUUGCUGCGAAGGAAGCGGGCGACCAUCGAGGAUGGUAUGCACGAUACAGAGGGUUCAGAAGACGAGCUAUCUGAAGACGAGACGUCCGAAGACGGAUCAACCACUUCUUCCAAAUCCAAGUCAGAAAUACCCGAAUACGACGACGAGAAUGCCGAUCUAAUCCUGGUAUCAAGUGAUGAAACUCGAUUCAAAGUACAUUCCUAUUAUCUAAAAGCUGCCAGCGUCAUCUUCCGUAACAUGCUUCAGAACCCUGACUCAAUGGCUCAGUCAGGAGAACGACCGAUGAUACACUUGACCGACUCUACUAUCGAGACAGCCAAUAUACUUCGCGCCGCUUUGGACGUCCUUUAUGGCAAACAAUUCCCAGACGAUCAUCGAAAGUAUCAUGCCAGAUUACUCAAAGUUAUCCGGUUCUUACAGAAAUACGAAUGCGAAGGAUCGAUCGAUAAAAUUCGUUUAUUAUUACAUAGAUGGAUCACUUCACCUGAUACUUCAGCCGCUUGGUCAGCAUUCAUCGUUUCGGCAGCUUUGGACGAUAUAGUGACUUGUUCUCGAGCCAUAAGACGAGCGGGUAAUUGGGGAAUUAGAGCAACGGACGAGAAACAAGGUUCUCGUGAUUCGUCUAGUGUGUUCGAUUUGGGGAAUCUUUCUUUGGAACAGUUUUCGCAGAUACCAGUACCGAUGUUAUGGGCGAUAUUACGGGCGACCAAGAGUCAACGGACUUUGCCACAGAAGAAUGAUGGUUGGAGUAAAGUCGCUAGUAGGUUUUGCGAGUUACUUGGGGUAGAGGAUUUGGCAUCAUGA